CUCAAUUCUGUCUACCUCUCCACUCAUCGCAGCCAUGGGAUCCGACAACUCCUCAUGGGCCCCGCACACCGUGCUGUCCACCCUCCCGCACCCGCCAGAGGAGAACACGACCACUCCAAUCCCCUUCUUUCACCUGAUUGAGCGCCUCAAGACGACCAAGCGCGAAGGCUGGCGUCGCUUUGGCAUCAACGGCGAGUCGAUCUCGGACCACAUGUACCGCAUGUCGAUCAUGACGAUGUUUGCCCCGCCAGAGCUGGCAUCCAAGAUCAACAUUCCGCACUGCACCAAGAUGGCCCUCAUUCACGACAUGGCCGAGUCGCUGGUCGGUGAUAUCACUCCAGUUGACGUACACAUCACCAAGGCCGAGAAGGCCCGUCGCGAGGCCGAUACCAUGGACUACAUCAUCACCUCCCUGCUGGGCAAUGUCCCCGGCGCCGCAUUGUCCGCCCAGGAUAUCAGGAACGUGUUCCAGGAGUACGAGGAUAAUGUCACUCUCGAGGCCCAAUUUGUGCACGAUAUCGAUAAGAUGGAGCUACUUCUCCAGAUGGUCGAGUACGAGCGCUCACACAAGGUCGAUCUCUCCGAGUUCGCCCGCGUCGCUGCUCGUGUCCAGUUGCCCGAGAUUAAGGUCUGGGCUGAGCAGGUUAUUAAGGAGCGCCCGAAGCUCAAGUAG